AUGGCAGCAACCGUAGACUAUGUGUCGGCCUCCACGAACAGGCACUCACAUGCUGCAGACGCCUCGAGCUCCUCUCUUGUAGCCUUUGGCUCAGCAAAAUUGAUUGCUCUGUGGAACACGGAGGAUCCACACGAUCGCGGUGUAUACGAAACACUCCCUGGGCACGAAGGUCUCGUCACCUCCGUGCGUUUCAUAGACGAAGCUCGCUUCGUCAGCGCGGACGACAAGGGUGUAUGGAAGUCAACCUGUGUGGUACAAGCACAUGAAAAAUCGGUAUCCGCUCUUGCGGUACAUGGAACACUGCUCGUAACAGGAGCGUCCGAUUCGACAGUCAAAACUUGGCAGAUAGAGCAUGCUCAAGACGCAGGCAUGAACCGAGCCUUCUUGCCUUCACUAGAGGAAACUCAGGCCAUCAUCCUACGCGGGAGAUAUCCGCUGUCCUUGGCGGUCACCACACUUCCCGGGACGCAAGCAAUCAUCCUAGCGAUUGGCGGUACCGAUCGCAGCGUGCAAGUAUGGACCCGCUCUGAGGGCCAGUUCGUUAACUCGGCCGUGCUUUCUGGGCACGAGGACUGGAUCAGAGCUUUGGCCUUCCGUCCACCACAAGCUGACGGCGAUCCUCUAAUAUUGGCGUCGGGAUCCCAAGACGCGACAAUUCGCCUGUGGAACGUAGAGGCAUUGUCAUCAAAAUCGACGGAAGGAUCUACCAGCGAGGUCAGCGAUGACCUACUAGAUGCGUUUGAAGCAUCGCUUGGGGACCUUGGAGAAGUGGAGGAAGGCGGUCGUCAGAUCUCGCUCAACGACAUCACACGGCAAUUCUCAAUCAUCUUCGACGCCCUCCUCAUCGGCCACGAAGCCGGUGUAAGUUCACUCUCCUGGCGACCCCCAAGCAUCAUCAUCCAUCCCACCCUCCUCUCAACCUCCACGAUCCUCGCUCAUCUCUGUCUCUCCAUCUGGAUCAACCGCCAACGCUUCGGCGACGUCGGAGGCCAGCGACUCGGCGGGUUCGUCGGCGGGCUCUGGACGCGCGAGGGGAUGGAGGCGUCGGCGUGGGGUUGGAGCGGCGGCUGGCGACGCUGGCGGUGCACUCCUGGUGGGGACGCUGCCAUCCCGAACGUGCAGAACGAGGCAUGGGCGGAGGUCGGUGCCAUCAGCGGGCAUAACGCUCCUGUGCGGGGGCUCUCCUGGAGUCCUGGGGGCGAAUAUCUGUGUCUGCUAGCGAACGCUCAGACUAGCCUAGACCAAACGACACGCAUCCAUGCAGGUUACCUACUUGGAGGGCCCACGACCAGCCUCAACUCGACUUGGCAUGAAGUAGGGCGGCCACAGGUGCACGGGUACGACCUGGUGGGCGUCGCGUCGUUGGAUGCGUUGCGCUUCGUCAGUAUCGCGGAUGAGAAAGUUGCGCGUGUUGACAACCUCGAUGUCGCAAAACUGUCUGACGGAGAGACCCGGGCUGCCACUGUUGCGCCGCUUCAACUGUCUAAUAAAGCCGUGACUGAGAUUGGCUCCGACGUGACGGAGUAUACCAACUCAUACGACCUCAUCCAUUCAAAGCGCAGGCCUUUCGAGGGCGAGCUCGCCGCUAUCACUCUUUGGCCUGAGAUCGAGAAGGUCUUCGGACACGGAUACGAGUCCAUCAGCUCAGCCGUUUCCAGCUCCAAAAAGCUCUUCGCGUCAGCAUGCAAGGCGACAACGCCCGAGCACGCCGUCGUCCGCGUCUACGACACGGAGAAGUGGCAGCCCUUCGGCCAACCUCUGGCUGGGCAUACGCUGACCGUCACGCGCAUAGCCUUCAGCCCCGACGACCGCUAUGUGCUCACAGUGUCGCGAGAUCGGCAUGGCGUCUCUUUGUCCGCGAUGGUGACAGUGAAUGGCUACGUGCCACUUGCUGCGGACAGGUCCCAUGCUCGUAUCAUCUGGGAUUGCGCCUGGGCGCCGCAGGGUGACAUAUUCGCCACAGCAUCGAGGGACAAGACUGUGCGAAUAUGGCGCCAGCAAGAUCCCGAUAAGCAUGACAAAUGGAUUGCAAUCGCCACCUUGAAGAUGACUGAGGCAGCAACAGCAGUGACGUUCGCUCGUUCCGACUCCGGGGAAAUCCUGGCGUAUUCGAGUUCUGCAGACAACCCAACGCUUUGGGUGCAGGACCUCACCCUUGACUCAAAGCUUGCCCAUGUGGAUCACAUCCACCAUCUGGCUUGUCGGCCGUCGGACGACCCGGCGAGUGUCCAACUGGCGAGUUGUAGUGAAGAUAAUACAUUGAAGAUACUAUCUGUCCGCAUUGUGUAG